AUGUUCGCGUCAGGUGCACUGCAGAAGGUCAGGAAAGGGCUGUUGUCCCUGAAGGGAAGCCCCAGGGGACUGUACGUCAUUUUCGCGCUGAAGGCCAUCGAAUCGUUUGUCUACUUCAACGAAUCCCUGCUGUACACCAUGUACCUGACGGAUGAGUUUGGCAUGUCGGACUAUGAGGCUGGCGUCUCCUACGGCGUCUGGGGCAGCCUGAUCGUCGCCUACAGUGUCGUCCUGGGGCCGGUGCUGGACUGGGUGGGCAUCAGGUCCAUGUUGUGCUUGUGUUUUUCGAUGUCCGUUGUUGGCAGGCUGGGCAUGGCCACCACCCACUCCAGGCCCUUCCUACUGUUCCUGCUGUAUGGUCCCCUUGCGAUAGGGCAUGCUGCCGGGUUGCCCGUGUUGGUGGUUGGCAUCAAGCGCCUCACCACCCCAGCGUGUAGGGGCUUCGCUUUUGGGCUGUUUUACACAUUCAUGAACGUGGCUGGGCUUGUGAAUGGGUUGGUAUUCGACCUAUUUCGAGUUCACCUCAAGCAUGGGCUUCAGCCAGGGGCAACAGGGCCUUACUCAGUGCUCAACGAUGGAACAAGGCUGUUGUUGUUUUUGGGCUGCCUGCUGUCUGCUGUGGGGCUGUUCUUGGCUGUUACCUUCAGUUCAACAGCUACCAGGCGGGCAGGCCAGCGCUCCCAUGACUGUGAGGGCCAGCCCUUGUACAAGGCAGAAGCAGACGGCCUUGCAACUCAAACACCCGAUCGGCAUGGGCCAGGAUCUGCGUACAGGGGUGCAGAUGCCCGUUUCCAACUUCAGAUCGUUGGGGCUAAAGCUCGAAGAUUCUUGGUAGAUAUGUGGCAGAUGCUCAGGUGUCUACCCGUUCAGAAGUUCGCAGCAGUGUGCCUGUUCACUGUGAACCUCAAGAUGAUAUUCCGCCACCUUGAUGCCACCCUGCCAAAAUACCAAACCCGUGCAUUUGGCUGUGAUGCACAUGUGGGGCUGGUCUACAGCAUCAACCCCUUCAUUAUUAUCUGCCUGGUGCCCAUCGUGGGCGCUGUCACAACACACCUAAAUCACUUUGACAUGAUUCACUAUGGAUCCUAUCUGACCGCCCUGUCUCCAUUCUGGAUGGUUGCCUUUCAAUCGGAGUGGGCUGCAGCGCUUUUUGUGCUCAUGCUGUCGUUGGGGGAGGCCAUCUGGUCCCCACGGUGGUACGACUACAGCAUGUCCAUUGCCCCCCAAGGCAAAGAGGGUGUGUUCACAGCCAUGGCUGCUGCACCCCUCUUUCUGGCAAAGCUCCCCACAGGGGCGCUUUCUGGAAAACUGCUGUCAGAGUAUUGCCCAGACACUGGAGCGUGUGGGAAGCAUGGGGACAUGGUGGGCACGCCGGUGGCAGGCACACAGUCUUGUGACGGGCGUACUUUGUGGUUCGUUGUUGGACUCACGGUGAUGAUGUCACCGUUGGCGAUGCUCUGGGGGCAGAGGUGGCUACGGCCGUCAGAGUCUGACCAGAAGCAGCUUGCGAGGUUCGCUGUUGGUGUUGAGAGAGUCAAUAGGGUUGAGGAAGCUCAACAAGAGAAUUCGCCAGUGCAGUACCACCGACUCCCCAAGGACGUUGAGAUGGUGGGUUCCUAA